CCUGGUCUGAGCCUACAAAAGAAACUGCACGGAUGUCUGGGUGCUCGCAGAUGAAAUCUACUGCUGCAUGCUGCCCAUGGAUAAUGUUUAAUAAGCCUGGAGGCGCUCCGGCUUUGGUGAACAACUCGGCGAGGAUCAUCGAUGCUCCAGGGACUCUUUCAGAGGGUUUUAGGAUUGCGGCGUUACCACAAGCUACUGAGACUGGGAAUGACCACAGGGGAAUCAUUGCUGGGAAGUUGAACGGACAAAUUGAGGCUGUUACUCCUAGAGAUGUAUUUAUUUUUAUAAUUCUAUUAAUAAAUAUUUUUCUACUUUAUACUUACGUAAACCACGAAGAACAUCUCCUUCGGCAUCAGCCAUCGUUUUACCAUUUUCUUUUACCAAAU